UCCUCCCGCCUGGAUCCGGUCACCCGGCCAUAAAGUCGCCCCAUAUGGCCAGGGGCGGCCCCACACCCGGGUGCGAACUGCCACCGGGGGCCCCGAGCCUCGCGUGCAGGCACUUUGUCUUGAAGUCUGCAAGUCUCACGCAUCAUUCUGCAGAGUGGCAUACUCUUGGUUUGAGAUGCUGAAGCCGCUUGUGGAGAAGCGGCGCCGGGACCGCAUCAACCGCAGCCUGGAAGAACUAAGGCUGCUGCUGCUGGAGCGGACCCGAGACCAGAACCUCCGGAACCCGAAGCUGGAGAAAGCAGAGAUACUGGAGUUCGCCGUGGGCUACUUGAGGGAGCGAAGCCGGGUGGAGCCCCCGGGUGUUCCCCGGUCCCCAGCUCAGGACGCCGAGGCGCUCGCCAGCUGCUACUUGUCCGGCUUCCGCGAGUGCCUGCUUCGCCUGGCGGCCUUCGCGCACGACGCCAGCCCGGCCGCCCGAGCCCAGCUCUUCUCCGCGCUGCAAGGUUACCUGCGCCCCAAGCCGCCCCGGCCGGAACCGGUAGAUCCGAGGCCCCAAGCGCCGCGCCCACCGCUGGACCCCGCCGCCCCAGCGCCCGGCCCCGCGCUGCACCAGCGCCCCCCAGUGCACAAGAGCCUCCCUAGCCCGCGCUGCGCAUGGUCCCCGUCCCCCUGCUCCCCCCGAGCCAGGGAUUCCGGCGCGCCGGCCCCCCUCACCGGACUACUGCUGCCGCUGCCGCCGCCGCCGCCGCCGCCGCCGCCGCCGCCGCCUCACAGACAAGACGGGGCGCCCAAGGCCCCGCCGCCCCCGCCGCCCGCUUUCUGGAGACCUUGGCCCUGA